AUGCCCCCUUCAGGCGCAGCCAAGGACGGCAAGCACCCAGUGGCAACCGGUAAAGGCAAACAUACCUACGCAGAGAAACGAUCUGCAGGUCAAAUCCUACGCAGCCAGGAGAGAUCAAAAACGGCUCCUUCGGCUGAGUGGAUGAAGAAGGAAGCCCCCAAACCACCCAAGCCCACAGAGGUCAAAAAGCGACCUCCACCUAAGAGGGAGCGCUCCCAGAACGUUCCCUCCGACCCCUCGGCAAAGCAAAAACGCGUGCAGCCAGGGCGAUCCUUUGCGGAGAUCGCGAAAAACCGAAUUCUCCUGGGCGUGGUCGACAGAAACGACCCGAGUGACAGAAUUCCACGUAAUAAGUGGAAGUGGGUAGAGGCAGCCCUAGCCAUAAAAUGCUUUGAGAUUCUGGCCAAGGAACCUGGCCCCCCUCCUGUCUGCAAAGACGUGGAAUGGUUCCAAGGCGGCGUCAAGGUAAUCGCCUGUGACGAUGAACGCUCUGCGGAGCUAUAUAAAGCCGCAGUAAAAGAGUUGGGGGAGGUGUAUGAGGGCGCCGGACUUGUUGCGCUGAGCUGGUCCGACGUACCUUGCCGACCCCGGGCAAGGAUCUGGAUCCCGGCAUCCAUCGAGGCGCCGGACCUGAUCCUCACCAUGCUGCAGCGCUGCAACCCGCACCUUCCCACCUCGGACUGGCGAUGGUGA